AAAAAAAAAAAAAAAAAGUUUCUGCCGGAUUGACGGCUCUCGGUGGAGCUAGCGUUCUUCUUCGCAUUCGCCGACGCGACAGCUGUUUCUUUCCUCUUCACUUUUACCACAGAACUUUCUUUCCUUCUUCUUCUUCCUCAACCUCUAUACGAAUUCCUACCUGGUCAUCGCGCCCAUCGCGGACCAGUAUGGGCGCCGAGCAAGACCAGUUCUCCGUUACAUCGAAAUCUGCUGCGGAGAAGGGCAACAUGGCCGGUCAAGACCCUAUUCAAGUCGAUGCCCAUGGCUACAAAUCUCAAGAGUUGAGCAGCGUCGAUGUUGAGAAAAAUGGCACCAAUGGAGAAACCGAACAAGCACCAGAGCUCAAGCGAAACUUGAAGAACCGCCACUUGCAGAUGAUAGCUAUCGGCGGCACUGUUGGAACUGGUCUUUUCAUUAGCAGCGGUACUGCCAUUGGCCACGCCGGUCCCGUUGGUGCCGUGAUCGCCUACCUCUUCGUCGGAACGAUUGUAUAUUCGGUUAUGGCUUCACUUGGUGAACUGACGACUUAUAUCCCUGUCGCCGGUGCAUUUACGUCUUAUGCAACUCGAUUGAUCGAUUCAAGCCUUGGGUUUAGUAUGGGCUGGAUUUACUGGUGGUCCUGGGCUUCGACAUUCGCAGUGGAAUUGACGGCAACGGGCUUGAUUAUCCAGUUUUGGGACAAAGACAUCAACAUCGCGAUUUUCAUUGCAAUUUUCUGGGUUGUCAUCUUGCUGCUGAAUCUCCUGCCCGUCAGUUUUUAUGGUGAGAUUGAGUUCUGGUUCUCCACCAUCAAGGUGAUUACGGUUCUGGGCUUUAUGAUUUUCGCCAUCUGUAUCGACGCCGGCGCCGGUAGCAGGGACUAUCUAGGGUUCCGGUACUGGGUACACCCCGGUGCUUUUGCUCCGUACCUUAUUGAAGGCAACGACUCAUUGGCCAAGUUUGUCGGUUUUUGGUCUGUUUUGAUCCAAGCCGGUUUUUCCUAUCAGGGCACCGAGCUCGUCGGUAUCGCUGCCGCCGAGACCGAGAAUCCCCGCCAGACUGUCCCGUCCGCCAUCCGCAAAACGUUUUACCGAAUUCUCUUUUUCUUCGUCCUGACCAUCUUCUUCAUCGGUCUGCUAGUGCCCUAUGACAACGGCGACAUGACCAAGGACGGAAACAACGCUGAUUCGUCUCCGCUUGUCAUUGCGGCCAAACUUGCCGGAGUGCAGGUGCUGCCUCACAUCAUCAAUGCGGUUUUGUUGACUGUGGUGCUUUCGGCCGCUAACUCGAACGUCUACAGCGGUAGUCGUAUCCUGCUUGGUCUGGCGAAUGAAGGGAUGGCGCCCAGAUGGUUUAAAUACACCACCAAACGUGGUGUGCCGUGUUACAGUGUGGUAUUCACCUCUCUCUUUGGUUUGCUCGGGUUCUUGAACAUGUCCAAUUCGGGUAGCACCGUCUUUACCUGGUUGACCAACAUUUCCGGUGUGGCCGGUUUCAUCACCUGGGCAUCAUUGAACGCUUGUCACAUCGCGUUCAUGCGGGCCCUGAAAGCGCGCGACAUCUCGCGUGACUUGCUUCCGUACAAGGCAGCCUGGCAGCCCUGGUAUUCCUAUUACGGACUCUUCUUCAACGUGUUGAUCAUCUUAACUCAAGGGUUCACAUCCUUCAUCCAUGGGUUCAACGUGACAGACUUCUUCAUUGCUUAUAUUAGUCUGAUCCUCUUUGUCGUCCUUUAUGUGGGACACAAGAUCAUCUGCCGAUCGUCUUUUGUGAGUCCUCACGAGGCGGACAUCGACACGGGCCGGGAACCCUUGGCCAACGAGACGUGGGAAACCUCCGACCCGGCCGCGGUCCCGUGGUAUAUCAAGGGAUACCACUGGGUACGGCGGUUCUAGUUGGUUAUUUCUAUGAACAUACUUCCUUUUCUUUUUUUGCUUUUCUUUUUUUUUUUUUUUUUUUUUU